CUUCCAGGUGUCUCUGAGUUGCGCGCUCACCUUGACUUCAGUUGCACGCGGAGCAGGAUAUGAGAGACGACCGUGCACGGACAGAUUGAAACAACAGGGUGUGUCACUAACUGUGGAUAAGUAGGGCACUAAGAUGCCCAUAAGUGAUACCUGGCCAGGUGACACCGGAAUGGAGACAAUGAAUGGCAUGGAGAGUGCUGGCAGCUGUGACAGUGUGGUCAGUGUUAAUUCUGGCUUCAGUGAUGAUAGUCUGGAGCACUUGUCUGCUGAGGAGAGGGCCUGUCUCAUGUUUUUGGAGGAGACUAUUGAGUCUUUGGAUACUGAGGAGGACAGCGGAGUCUCCAAUGACGAGCCUGAACAACUGCCCAGCUCCAGCAACCUUGCUACUAAAGUGGCUAAUCUGUCAGCUUCCAUGAGCAAAAGCAACCUUGAUGAUUCACAGACAUCAACCAAUCACCAGAAACCAAUCAACAAAAAUUUUGAUGCCAGGCCCAUGCACAGCUACCUGGUUCCCACCCCUCUUCUUGUUGCAAGCAGUACUUCCUGUUCUGUACUCGGUACUAAACCAGGCACUCCUGCAGUCAAAACCGCCUCCUCUAAGCCUCAGUUUACAUCUAAAAACAACAAACCAGGAUACAAAGACAACCAGAAAGCAGUUUUUCGCCCAACAUCUUCAGAGGCUAAUGUUAUACCUCCUUCCACAAAAGCCUCAGUGAGGACAGCUGAGGGUCCUUUACCUAGAGGACCUCUCUCCUACGACGCACUUGUACAUUUGCGGAGGAGUGCCUCCACAAAGAAGACCCCUUUAUGCCCAACAGUUGAUCAUACUAUAGACUCAGAAAAACGCCAUUCUGCCCCGGUGGAAGGCCCAACACUUGGAAAUCUCCAAAGAUCAGACAAAUCCCAGUCAGAGGUUUCCAAGUGUAAGAAAGGUCCUCCAGUUGUUCCCCCAAAACCCAAAAAGUUUCCCACCAACAUAUCUGCAAAAACUCAAAAUGAAGAAUCUAUAAUAUCAGAUUCUUCAAGUGUCAAGAAUGUAGCUGAUCCCCAGGUGGUGAGAGUGGAAGCUUUGCAGAAGCUGGGCCUCCUGAAAGGCCAAGAGGCAGAAAAUGAUAAAGUAACCCCACUGCCUACACCCAAACCUAACUCCUCCUUGGGUGUAACAGCUGACAAGUUUACAAGAGGUCCAGCUAAUAGUAAUCCAUCAAGGAGCCAAUCAUUUUGUAAUGCUCAAGUGCCAAAAGAGUCCAAUAACAGGCCUCUGCAGACCAGUGCCAAUUUGCGUCAGUACACCAAACAUGACCAGCGGCCUGGGUCUGCAUCACAUCCUGCUCAAUCCAAGGGGAAGAGGACGGCUAAUCUGGAGCAGUCUGCCACCCUGGACAACUGUAGAAGUAGUGGAAACACCUCUGAACCGCAAAGCAUCAAAUCAGCCAAACCAGUGACAACCACCAGGACCACCACAACAGCUCCCCCAGUACCCCAGAAAACCUCAAACUCAGUAGGCUACACCGUGAUGGUGGUGCCUGGGAUGGGAGGUGAUCGAAAAGAGGCUCUCAAAAAGCUUGGACUGCUAAAAGACUGAAAGAGCAGAUGCCUGCUGGCAUAAAUGCAAUGCUCAGAAAGAAGCACAAGCGCACGAUCAGCUUAAAGAGAGUUAAAGCGUUAAGUGGAAAUCUGGCACACGGCACUUUGUCAAAUAAAAGCAGGAGAGGAAGCGUUUAAAGGGCCAUACACUUAUGUUCUGCACUUAAAAUAUACAACACAUAGUCAUCUAAAGACAUUUUUUUUAAUUAAAAAUACAAUUAAAAAUGCACUCAGAAGUAACAGAAACUGCACCUUAAAUUUUCUAAAUCCAGAGCAUCAGUGUAUGAAAAUAGUAUCUUAAUGUAUUGCAAACCUAACAAAAUUCUGUUAUAUAAAAUUUAAACCCUAUUGGCUAUUGGCACAGGUACUAAAUCAAAGACACGGAUAAGGGUGUGCCAGAACUGAUAUCUUACUCAUUGUUUUAUAAAUCACAAAUGUGCCUGCAUGUUGAUUUUUCUUAGAGCAAAUCCUCAAAGCACCAGAUCAGUUCAUGCAGUCUUUUAAUAUUCUAGCUUUUUUUUUUCAAGUUUUGCAGGAUAAUUUUCAAUACUUAUGUCCAACACAAGAACUCAUGCACCAGUCGUUCUUCAGUUUCUUUCUACUACUGUUUUUUUUUUACAGUGUACAGUAGAUUAAAGAGUGUUACACAGCCUUCAUUGUGUAACACUGAAAAUAUGAAACGAAAAACAACCAUUUAAUUAUUUGUGUCUAUUCCACCAUUGAUAUAAAUGUCACUGAAAAUAAAGUUUUUAUCUAAUA